GUGGCGCGAAGCCGUGGAAUUUACGUGACUAGCUCGGUCUGUAGAUCCUUGUUUUUUUAAAAUGCCCAAUGGCCAGAUGGCCCAGUCAUAAAUCGCAUUUAUUUUUAUUGUCUUUAUUAAUUAAACGUCAAGUUAGUUGUUAGAUAAAUUAUUUUUAUAAUGUAUAGAAAUGUGUGCUAUGUCGUUUUUAUAAUAUUUUAAUAGACAGUCAUGUGAUUUUGCUCCAUAUCAUUGAAAAUACCGGCAUUGCUGUUCUAUUUUAACAGUAUUUAUAAAUAUAGUGAGUUACCUACCUAAUUUUAGAUAAUGGCUACAAUAUUUAGUUCACAUCAAUUACUAAAAUCUAUUCGAUUUCUUCAGACCUAUCGGAGAAUUCAACUAAGAAGAAAGUCAUUUUUUGGAGACAAAAAUAUUGAACUAGGAGAAACAACUCUAACAGGGCGCCUGUUAAGAUAUUUAAAUAGCUUUAAUGUUCAUGGAAAUGAGAAUUUCAUACCUGUGAAAGAUCCAAUAAAAUUGAAAACUACUGGUCUCAACAAAUGCAACAUUGAACAAAUCAAAACAUCAGUUAGAUUGUUGGAUAUUAGCCAAGAUAUAAAUAAUUUUUAUUUGCUUAGAGCUAUAGAUAAAGAAUGUUCAGCUCGGGUAAAUAAGUUAAGUAAUGCUGAUAUUUUUGAACUUCUACAUAUUUACAUGUCAAAAGUACCUAAUAGAAUAAUUAAUUAUAAAUUAUAUGAAAUAGCAAUACAAGAAUUAACGAAAAGACUGAAUUUGUUGAACAAAAAUGAAAUAAUACAACUUAUUUUUUACAUUGGGUUAAGAAAGAAGCAAGCGAAACAACAUAAUAUUGUUAGGAAAUGCAUAAACUAUUUGAUCAGAUCUGAUCUAGAGACUUUAACACCUGAAGAUCUCUGUGUCAUUUGUAAUUCUACUUUCAAAACAACUACCAAGUUAAAUGAAAAGAUAUUUAAUACAAUUAUAAAUUACUUAUAUAACAAUUUAAAAAUACUAAAAGAUCCAGCGUUUUUUGUAACAUUUUUAAAAAGUAUACGACAAAAUAGAUAUCAAGAUGAAGAUUUACUAGAAACAUUAUCAUAUGGAAUGCUUUUUAACAAAUCAUUUGAACAAUAUUCAUUCUCUGCUCUGAGUCAUAUUUUAGCAGUGUAUUCUGAUUAUUUAUAUUACGAUGAAAAUGUUUUACGAGUUUUUUCCGAAAGGUCUAUUCAGUUACUCAAGGAGAGUGAUUUUAUAUCCAAAAAGGAACACAUGUCCAAUCAUAUCAGACUCAAGGAUAUUAAAAGGUUUCUAUGGUGUAUAAGCAAUUUGAAUUAUAAACUUAGUAGUCAGGAUAUUAAAACUGUGAUAAUUCCAAAUAUUUUAAAAAGAGUUAAGGCUGGUGAUGUUGAAAGUGAUCAUUCAAGUUUAGCAGAAAUUGCACUUUACUUGUGGAUGUUGAAUUAUCGUGCUUAUGAGCUUUUUCCUUUUUUUCUAACUAAGCACAAUAUAAGAAAUAUUUAUGGUGUGAACACCCAUACGAAACAAAGAUUAAAUCUUCUGAUAACAUGCAUAUCCUAUGAAAAUAAAGAACUUCUAAAAGAUCUCAGUAUUCCCCCUGCUGUACAACUGGAUUACGAUAUGAAAUAUCAAUUAGAAAAAAGACCAGAAUUACAAAGAAUAUGCAGUGAUUUACAAACAUCAAUUGGCAAUAGUGAGCUUAAUAAAUUUGAAUUGUCAUGCCAAGUUCCUGGUGUCAAUAUUAUUGGAAUAACUGGUUAUAAGAAUAAUACACAUUCCUCAGUGUUUUUGGAAGUUUUGGAUGAGUACACUAGGUUAAAGAAUACAGAGAGUAUGCCUACGGGGUUAAUGGAACUUAAACUAAGAUUAUUGAAUCAGUUAGAUGAAGCUGUGGUUUUGGUAGAUACUGAGGAACUCAAAGAUUUAAAUAGCAGUGAAAUUAGAGAAUUGCUUCUAGAUGAAAUUGAAUUCGUUUGCUGAUCGACAACCAGAAAAGAAUAAAAUAACCAAAUGAUACAACUUGAGAGAUAUUAUUUCGCAGGUGCUAUCUACCUUUGUUAUAUUUUUAUGUAUUUUACUGAUUUGUCAUUUGGUUUUGGUACUACUAUAGUAUGCGGUUUACCGUCGCGUUUAUAAACUUGUAUAAUUAAUAUAAUAAAUAAUAAUUAUUCUUCUGAUUUAUGCGUUUUAUUCACUUUGUAAUUAUUUUCAUUAUAAUGUGCAAACCCUUUCGAGAAAAGAUGAAAAAGAUUGUUAUUGUUUAGCCACACAUAGGUAGGUACCUAUACUGUGCCAGCAAAAAAAAAUCUUUACAAAGUGAAUAAAAUGCACAAAUCAGAAGAAUUAUUAUUUUAAUUUUACAAAUUAAUACUUUUGUCAUAUCAGUUUACUAUUUUAGUUGGUAAUAAGUCACUUAAUUGGCUUAUUUUGCACACUAUAAUAGAUAGGGACAGGUAGACCGCAUACUAUAGUAGCACCUUGAUUUUUUGUGACGGUGCCAAUCAGCCGCCUUCUAUUAUUGGAGAAGUAACACAAACAUGCUCUCAAUAUUCCAAAAGGAAGAACGGCAUUAAAAUUUUUAAAACUAGAAUAUUAUUCGCUAUGUUAAUAAGUCAAAAUGACGACCUCUCGUGGAUUUCGGCGGAACUAGUUUCAUGGAGCUUUUGAAUGUCAAAUCGUUGUCAAAUUUUGAAAUUUCAAAUGCGCGAAAAAAUAUUCAUUGUUUAUGUUGACAUGUUUAAAAUUAAUUGUUGGGUACUGUAAAAUUAUUAACAUGGAAUCUUCACGUUUCAAUAAAAGUUGGCGUCGAUGUAUAAAAAUGUGUAAAAAAAAGAAUGUGUGUGUACUUUGUACGCACGUAAGAAGAUAUUCUUCUAUUAUAUAGGUAAUUUAAACGAAGUAAAUAUACUUAACAGGUUAUUUGUGUUUUAUUUAAAAAUUAAACUAACUUUCUUAUCUACCACUUUCAAAAAUUUUUUAUUAAAAUAACGAAAAAUAAAAAAAAAGUAUGAAUCGUCCAGGAUUAGAACCUGCGACCUUCCGUGUGCUUCCGUUCUCUGUCCCACCGCUCUGCCAACUAUGCCAUCGAGCCACUUGAAUUGACACGUAAGUUUCGGAUAUAAUUACACAACACGGCGACAAACUGUAAAAAUGUUAUGCCUACAUAUUUUAUUAUUUUACUACAGGGAAACACAAAUCCAAAAACACAAGAAUUAUAAUAAAUAAUACAUUUCCUAAAACCACUAAUAUAUUCUUUUAAUGACUUAUUUGCACGGUUACAGAUACAUACAUACCUAUCUUGAAAGAUUAGCAAUGAACUACAUACUGUCAGAACUACAUACUGUCAGUGUGCGCAGGCGCGUGGUUCAUGUACAAUUUUACCCUCAAUCGAUUCGCCGCUAAAGAAGAAUAUCUUCAAAAAUCUGCUGAUGGAGUCACAAUAAUUAUUAUUAUUAUUACAAUCACAAUAAUUGCAUUCUUUUCUACUUAAUAAAACGAAACAAAUAUUAUGGAUCGACGCUUGUGGUUUAGAAGAACAUAUUUUAAAAUAUAACAAUAAUUUUUAUCCUUGCAGUGACCACUUUAAAAAAGACAAUUACGUUCCUGCAAGUAAGUAAUUUAUAUUAAUGAUACUUAAAAAAAAUCUGAACUUUUCUUCAUAGUACAUGGACUAAAAAUAUAUCAUCUGUUAUAUUUAUACUAAGAUACACAGAUAUACAUUUAUACACAUUGUACAUACUUAAUUCUAUCACAAUCUUUUAUAAAAUUAUUAAAUUAUCAACUAUAUAUUUUUAGCUUUGCAUAGGUAGACGUUAGAAAAGUCAGUAAUUCCAUCGAUUAAUCUAUCAGCAUCAGUAGAAUCAAAAAAAUAUGUUCGUCAUAAAUAUAUUCCAAACAUUCUGCGUAAGAACACUUUUAAUCAAUGAAUUUAAAACAUUUAAACAUAAACAAUAAAUAUUUUCGUGACACAGUUUUGUAAGGACGUUUAAGUAUUGAGUCUUAUGGGAUUAUUUUGUUAAACUUGAAUAUUUUAUUUUCUAGUGAUAAUAAACGAAUACAAAUUGUUAGAAUUCAUUAGUUAUUCUUUUAUAAUGUCAUUUAUAGUUCAACAAAAAUAUUUUUUGUUGUUAAUAAGGAUUUAUUGACAUAAUUUGCGAUAGUGAGGUUAUAUUGGGACCGUGCAUGUUCGGCAAAGCGACACCUAUUUCUACGCUCUGCAACUUUAUUCGCACUUUUAAUUAUAUUGGCCAAUUAUAUUAGUCCUGGUUACUGGAUAAUUGUCAAGACCAUAGUCGAAAAAAAUAAUAAGAAGAAAAAAUAAGAUUCAGGUUAUGUUAUUAAAACGUAAGCAAUUGUAGGUAGUAAAUAAAAUUAGUUAUUAAAAUGCAGUACUGCAAGCAAAACAAUUAAUUAAAUUUACCUUUUUAUAAUAAUUGCAUAUCAUAUCAAUAUUUUGGAGCAACAUAUAAUUUUUCUUCUUCAAUGACAGCAGAUAUUAUGAAAUGUACGUCAAUUUGACAAUUUCAAUUGACAAUAUGAAUUAUUUAAGAAAGUUGUAAUAUUUUUCCGCUAUUCGCGCACGAUCGUUUCUCAAUUUCCUUCCAAGUACUUGCACACCGCGAAUAGGACAUACCGUAUCAGUACUUUUUGGAGUCAAUUCGGAUUUAUCAGAGCUAAAAAGUGUAUUUAAUAUGUACAAAACUUAUAAAAACGUAAAUAAUAUUAUUAUAUCAUGUGUAUAUUGCCACAUCCUUUGUCUAUAUAGAAAAAGUUAACCUCACUUCAUCCUUAUAACAGCGUUAAUUAAUUUAUUCUUUGAUCUAACUUUUUUUGGGAAUGAGGAAAACAAAAGUAAUUCACAUCAGUAGUUUUCCAUGUAUUUUUACAGUGAACAACACAACAAAUAACGUGAUAUGGCAUUUUUUUUAGAAAUGUCCCAUUUAAACAUACAAUAAAGCGUCCUUACAAAGAUUCAAGCAACCUCCACCAUGAGCAGGUCGGUCGAUUUUGCUUUGACACUUUGUUAACGCUCGGAGCGAAUAAUCCGUGUAUGUUAAUAUAAUACACAGAUUCUAGAACAUAUGACAGAAGCUCGAAACAAAUGACAAUCGAUGAAAAGCCCUAUGAAAUGAAGUGAUUAUUUUUAGAUUUUAACAUUUAGAAGCAAUUUUUGUGUAAUGUUUACCAUCACCCAUUCAUUAUAAUAUUAUGAUGUCUGUUACCCUUCUACGCUGUUAUUUUUUUGCAUUCAUAGUGGAACUAUUCUUAUGAGAGUCUCAAAAGUGCAUGUUUCACAUCUCUGGUGUCCAGUUGCACCAACAAAUAAACGAUUGAUUUGGAUUGCCCGUUUAUUUUAAAGUAUAUUGUCAAAAUACUAGCAAAUUAAAAACAGAAAUUUUAAUGAUUCUCCCAAAAAAUAUUAAAUUUUAACCUUUUCGAAAGAAAAGAAAAGUGUUAUCUUAUUAUACACUGGGGUGCAAAAUUAACCGGACACCUUAAAAAUGGGUCAUUUUUGAUGUUUCGAAUUUCCUAAACCGGUUGUCCGAUUUAAGUGAUUUUUUAAUAUGUUAUAGCCUUAUUAUUUAUCAAUAUCGCUGUAAUAAUAUUGUGGCUAAACAGGUAAAUUUUCAUUGCAUACCGGAUGUACCAAUGAAACUAUGGUUUUUUCUUAAACUUCCAUCACCCUGCGGAAUAUUCUAGCAUUUAUAAAAUACUUAAAUUAAAACCCAACUAUAGCCUUAUGUUUUCUCAACAUUCUGUUUUUUGAUUCAUUCGCUUAAGUAGGACCAUAAAAAAGUUAAAAAAUUUAACAACUAGCCAUGUUCUUUAUCAAUACAGGGUGUUUCUUAAUAAGUGCGACAAACUUUAAGGGGUAAUUCUACAUGAAAAAAUAAUGACAGUUUGCUUUAUAAACCUAUGUUUGAAAAUGUUUCAUUUCUGAGAUAGAGGGUGUUGAAAUUUUUCUUACAAACUGACGAUUUAUUUAUUGCUUAAAAACCAGUCGAGAUAUGCAUAUGAAAUUUGGUGAGUGUUAAGACGUAGUUAUUGUACAUUUUUUGACAUACAAGUGAGAAUUUAAUAUUCACCAUUGGCGCGCAUACCGGUUUUAUAAGCCUUCAUACAUAUUACCCGUAUGCGCGCCAAUGGUGAAUAUUAAAUUCUUAUUUGUAUGUCAAAAAAUGUGCAAUAACUACUUCUUAAAACCCACCAAAUUUCAUUUGCAUACCUCAACCGGUUUUAAAGCAAUAAAUAAAUCGUCAGUUUGUAAGAAAACUUUCAACACCCCUUAUCUCGGAAACGAAGCAUUUGCAGACAUAUUGUUGAUAAAGCAAAAAGUCAUUAUUUUUUCAUGCAGAAUUACUCCUUAAAGUUUGCCAAUUAUUCUUUAAAAACACGCUGUAUUGAUGAAAAACAUGGCUAGUUGUUAAAGUACCUAACUUUUGUAUUAUCCAACAUAAGCGAAUGAGGCACAAAACAAAAUGUUGAGAAAACAUGAAGCUAUAGUUGGAUUUUGAUUUCAGUAUUUUAUAAAUGCUAGAAUAUUCUACAGGGUGAUGCGAACUUUGAGAAAAAACAGUUUGAUUGAUACACCCGGUAUACAAUGAAAAUUUAACUGUUUAGCAACAAUACUAUUACAGAGAUAUUGCUAAAGAAUAAGGCUGUAAUAUAUUAAAAAAUCACUUAAAUCGGACAACACAUUUAGGAAAUUCGAGACAUCAAAAAUGACCCAUUUUUAAGGUUAAUUUUGCACCCCAGUGUAUUUUUGAUGGUAAAAAAUUUAAUAUUUUUCGGGAGAAUCGUUAAAAUUUUAGUUUUUAAUGGAAAGUUUUUGACAAUUAUUGUAUUUUAAAAUAAACGGGCAAUCCAAAUCAAAAAAUCAAUCGUUUAUUUGUUGGUGCAACUGGACAUAGGACUUUUUAUAUUUAAUUAAGUUAAUUGAAUUAAUUUUAAUCUUUAAACCUACAUAAAAUGUGACUAUAAUGCUAGUCUUUAAUGAUAUAUCUCUCAACACUUUUUUCUUACCAAUAAUAAAUCUUAGUUGUCUUAAAAUAGUAGGAUUGUUUAUAAUAAUAGGACUGUUUAGUUUUUGUUCCAACUAAACGAUUUGCUCAAUAAGAAAUUCCAUUUUUGAAUACAACUUUGAAUAUAUAAGAUAUUCUUAGAACAUUGAAUAUAUUAUAAGAUAUUCUUAGAACAUUUAAACUUUUAAGUUUACCGUAUUUCUGAAGUACAAAACUGACUGAUAGUAGUUAAGCAAUGUGUUUUAAUAUAUGUUCUCACAUCUUUUGGCAACACACGUGGUGAAAUUUUUUUUAGUGAGAUAUAUAAAUAAGUUAUUAACUUUAAAGUAAAUAAAAUUAUUCAUAAUUCUUUCACAUAGUCACUUAAUGUUAUGAUUGUUAUUUCGACAUUGUUGUUAUUUCGACUUGUUGUUAUUAACAUUGUUGUUAUUUCCCUUACACUGUCCAUAUUCAUGAAAUUUCAAAUCUGCCCAUACUUUGAUCUAAAAUUAUUGAAUUGUUGUCUACGUUUUACUUGUUUAGUUGAGCUUUAGCGAAUUACCUCUUUUAUAUUCAUCAUUAUUAUUUAUAUCACCUUAGGCUUAUUUACUCCACCCUGUUUACAUUUUGAAAUUGUUAUUAAUGUGUUCUUGGGUUUAUUAUUAUAUAAUAUUAUUGCGUAUACUAUUAGUUUAAUUUAUUUAUUUCGGAGAGUUGGUAGUUUGUUUGAUAAAAAAGUUAUAUUACUCUCAUAAGUAGCUUAAUUUGCUUUGCCAUUAUAUUAGCAUCUAAUUAUUCUUCAUUUCAAAAUUGAUGCCAAUUGUCUUUCGCAAAAAUUUUUUACAGUGAAAAGAUGUUUUUCCAUUGUCUCCUUCAAAUUUUCUGAAAAGACUUUUGGCAAUAGGAUUAUUAUUAGUUUAAAUUCAAAGCAGAAUGUAAUUUGCUAUUAUUUAAAAAGUGAUUUUGAUACGAAAACGGCAAUUCCAAAUUUUGCAUUAAAGUUUCAUAUUCCAAAUAUCACAAAAAAUUAGUAAUCAUAAAAAUAUUUGUGAGGAAGAAGCCAUAAUGCUACCUUAUAAUUAUUUUUAUUAAUCCCUUAGUUUCUUCAUGAAUUUUGUCAUUUAAAAUACAAUAGAACUUCGAUUAACCGUAACUAUUUAAGUCACACAGUGGGACAGUUACACAGUGGGACGAAAUGUUGAAAACGUGGCCAAAAUUCCCGUAAACAAAGUUUUUUAUACAGAGGGAAUGUUAGCACUAUGAAAUUCCGGCCAUAGAAACAGCCGGCCGAUUCAUUUUCAAGCUGCAGAGUAGGCCCAUGCAGAUUUCGGUAGCAAGUCCAGUUCAGCCAUGUCCAAUUCAGUCAGACGCUCGAAGAUUCGUCCAGCUGCAUUAAGAGCAUACAGUAGCGCCUCAUCAAAAUAACUUCGGGAGAUAGUAUCAUACCUUUUUUCGUAAGGUCUGCGAAACUUCGGCAACAGUGGUAAUCUUUGACAUUAUCUAAGAUCAAUAUUUUGACAAAAUUUAAUCAUAGGCGCGCUAAAUGGAAGUAAUAGAAAACAAUUUUGUUAUAGUAAAUAAAUAUUUAUAAAAAUAAACCAAAAUACAUCGGCCAUUAUACUUAGAAAUCUGACGCAGGUUUGUCAAAAUUACAGUGACAAUUUCUCUAUGUUGCCUAAUUAGUUAUGAGUUAUAAUAUGUUCGAUUUCUCAUUAGAAAUAAAAAAUUUUAGUAGGUCCAAAAUGACACAAAAUCUAGGCAUGGGAUAAAAAAGUUUAUUUGAAGAAAGUGUAUUGUUUUGUUCUUCUUAAUGACGGUAUAGGCUCGUUUUUUUAAUAUUGUAUUUAAUUACAGAGUAAUUUCGACAUACUAAUAUCAUUGUUUAUAUUGGGACCGUGCAAGUUCGGCAAAGCGACACCUGGUUUCUACGCUCAGCAACUUUCUUCGCACUUUUAAUGGACAGCCUAAGUCUGACGUCACAAAUGUCACAAAAUUGGGAGGAGCUUAUAUUGGCUCGAAACAAUUUUGUUUGUAACGUUAAAUCGUCAUAAGAAAUUUUUCAUUUAUGUGCUUUGUGUGGCAAAAUAAGACUUCAUUUAGGUAUUUCGUUAAAGAAACUUGUUAAUUAAGAGAUUUUUAUUCGUUUUUGCUCAGGUGGUUUUUAUUCCUUAGUGAUUGAAAAUAAACAUAACCUCAAAACUGUUUACGUUCUAAUCAUUACAUUAAAUUAACUCACCUGGGCAAAAACGAAUAAAAAUCUCUUAAUUGGCACGUUUCUUUAACUAAAUACCUAAAUGAAAAGUCUUAUUUUGUCACACAAACCACGUAAACAAUAAAUUAGAAAUUCCUUAUGAGUGUUUAACAUUAUAAACACAAUUGUUUGGAGCCAAAUAUAAGCUCCUCCCAAUUUUGUGACGUCAAGACUUAGGAUGUCCAUUAUAUUGGCCAAUUAUAUUAGUCCUGGUUACUGGAUAAUUGUCAAGGCCAUAGUCCAAAAAAAUAAUAAGAAGACAAAGUAAGAUUCAGGUUAUGCUAUUAAAAAGUAAACAAUUGUAUGUAGUAAAUAAAAUUAGUUAUUAAAAUGCAGUACUGCAAGCAAAAUACAGUAUAGCCCGAAAUAAACAGUACUGAAACUGAAACAUAGGUUUCUCUUUCUGCACGCUGUCAUGCCCAAAUUAACUUGUAUAGACCUGCCAAGUAAUUCUUAACAAUUAUUAAUAAUUAAUAUUUAAUAAUUAUAAUUAUUAUAAUUAAUAAUUAGUAAUUAAUAAUUGUUAAGAAUAACUUGGCAGGUCUAUACAAGUUAAUUUGAGUAUGACAGCAUGCAGAAAGAGAAACCUUUCAGUUUCAGUACUGUUUAUUUCGGGCUAUACUGUGCAAUUAAUUAAAUUUACCUUUAUAUAAUAAUUGCAUAGAUAUCAUAUCAAUAUUGUGGAGCAAUAUAUAAUUUUUCUUCUUCAAUGACAGUAGAUACGAAAUGUACGUCAAUUUGACAAUUUCAAUUGACAAUAUGAAUUAUUUAAAAAAGCUGCAAUAUUUCUCCGCUAUUCGCGCACGAUCGUUUCUCGUAUCCCCUCCAAGUACUUGCACACCGCGAAUAGUGAUAGUUGGUCAGCCCAAUAGAAAAAUUUGUUUGAUUCAAAUUGAGACAGUCACCAGAUGUCCUCACAAUUUCUGUCAGGGUCGCAACGUCAAAAUGCUUAGACAUUAAGUUGGAUACGAUCCUAUUCAUAACACCCCAACUCGCAUACAUAUUAAGAAAAAUAAAUACAGGGUGAUCAACUUCUGUGACAAAGUCCAAUAUAUCCGUUAUUAUAAAAUAUAUGAAUAAAAGUUAUAGACACCUUUAAUGUACACAUUUUAAAAUUAGUGAGAAAUAUACAGGGUCCUCCAUAACACGGUGCCAAACCAAAGUUAUGUUUUUUUAAAUGAAACACCCUGUAUUUUAUUCAAAAUCUGGUUUCUCUACAUUUUUCUGAUUAAAAAGAUGUCACACUUGUCUAGGGUUAUACUGAGUGUUUCAAAGUUAUGAGCACUUUUAUAAAAAAAUCAUACUGAUUUGAUCGCCCUGUAUGAUUCUAACAGUAUAAUAUAAACUUAUUGUUUUACUGCUGUUGACUGUCAAUAUUAAAGUAGUUUUGCAACAACGUACAAUUUUUUAUCACUACACAAAUUGUAUACAAGGUAAGCAAAUAAAAGAUUUUCUUCAUAUUUUUAAAUGGAACACCCUGUAUUUUAUAUUACCAUCGAAAAGUUCUUUCAUUAUACGUGCAUAUAUUUUAAAUAUUCCCUAUACCUAAAGUUAUUAGUUUUCGAGAUAUUUUAGUUUUAUUGUUGAUAACUCAUAGCUACGUUUAUUACAGUAAAUUAAUUACCCUUAAUAUUAGAAACCUCCAAUGAGUUUGUUAAUGAUAAUUAAAAUUAGACUGCAUUUCAUUUUUUCUCCAAGUUUAUGGUAAAUUCUAUACAAUAACGACAAUUUUAUAUUUACUAACAAAAUCAUAUUAAUUUUCUGCGAAGAAAUGGGAACUAUAAAUUGCUGCAAGUUCUUGUUUAAGGUGGCUUUGAAAUAAUUGACACAAGAACUGUCAGAUGUAAGAUUUUAAUUAUUUGUACGUUUUUAUUUUUGUUACUGAUUAUAAUUAUUUGCCAUAUUGUUAUAAUUGUUACCUAACAAUGAAUUUUAGUCGUGAAAAAAUGACAGACAUGAUAUAGAUUUUAUGAGAGUGUUUCAAAAACUCAUUAGUUGUCACAAGAAUUUAUAAGGAACGGUAUCCACAGCGUCAACAACCAAAUAAGAGAGCAUUUGACAACUUAUUAGACAGGUUUAAUCGUACUGGUUCUGUUUAUGAAGCAAAGGAAAAAACAAAAAUUAUUAUUACGGAUGAAAAUGAAUUAAAUGUUUUACUGCCUGUUACGGAAAAUCCUCAUACAAGUAUUCAAAAUAUUACAAGAGAGCAAGAUAUAAGUUAUGGAUCUAUCCAAAACAUCCUCAAGAAAAACAACAUGCACCCAUAUCAUAUACAAUUACAGCAGGAACUUGUUGGGGAUGAUUUCGAACGAAGAGUACAAUUUUGUCAAUGUUCACAACAACAAAUAGUUAUACAGAGAGAUUUUUUGAGUUUGUUUUUUUUUGGAGACGAGGCAACAUUCCACAAAAAUUGUAGUGUAAACAGACACAAUUUAUAGUCAAACGAGAUGGUCCUUAAAUGUUUGGGGUGGAAUCAUUACGUUAUAGGCAAUUACGUUAUAGGUCCUUUUUUCUUUGAGGAAUCGGUAAAUGGUGAGGUGUAUUUAAAUUUUCUAGUGAAUCAUUUACCUAUUCUACUUGAAAAUGUACCAUUAAACAUCCGCCAACAUAUGUGGUACCUUCACGACGGAGCUCCUGCUCACCACAACGCACUUGUCAACGGUGAACUCGAUGAACUAUUUCCUGAAAGAUGUAUAGGAAGAGAUGGGCCAGUUCACUGGCCACCCAGAUCACCAGAAUUAAACGAAGUUAAUUUUUUUGGGUUAUAUUAAAGACGUAGUGUAUCCAACAAUAGUUGACGAUAUGAAAAUAAGGAUUCAAAACGCGUUAAAAAGUGUUACACAACAAAUGCUUACAAACAUCAGUAGGUCUUUCGAAACUCGUCUCCAGGCUUGUGUAGACGUUAUGGGAGGUCAUUUUGAACACCUUUUAUAACAUAAGAAGUACGUUGAACAUUUUUUUUUAUUUAAUUUAGUUUUUUUUAAUAAAUUAAAGUAUUGUUAUUAAUAACUAAGUAAUACAUGUUGUUAUCAACAAUAAAACUAAAAUAUCUCGAAAACUAAUAACUUUAGGUAUAGGGAAUAUUUAAAAAAUAUGUAAGUAUAGUGAUAGAACUUUUCGAUAAUAAUAUAAAAUACAGGGUGUUCCAUUCAAAAUUAUGAAGAAAAUAUUGUAUUUACAUUUUGACUUACCCUGUAUACAAUUUGUGUAGAUAUAAAAAAUUGUACAUUGUUGCAAAACUACUUUAAUAUUGAAAGUCAAAAGCAUUAAAAAAAUAAGUUUAUAUUAAUCCGUUAGAAACAUACAGGGCGAUCAAAUCAGUAUGAUUUUUUAAUAAAAGCGCUCAUAACUUUGAAACACUCAGUAUAACCCUAGACAAGUGAUAUAUAUUUUUAAUCAGAAAAAUGUAGAGAAACCAGAUUUCGAAUAAAAUACAGGGUGUUCUAUUUAAAAAAACAUAACUUUGGUUUGGCACCGUGUUAUGGAGGACCCUGUAUAUUUCUCACUAAUUUUAAAAUGUGUACAUUAAAGGUGUCUAUAACUUUUAUUAACAACUUUUUUUCAUAUAUUGUUUAAUAACAGAUAUAUUGGACUUUGUCACAGAAGUUGAUCACCCUGUAUAUAUGGAAGAAUAUAUAUUUAGAAGAACCCUCCAAUCUAUCACUUAUUAGUAUUCGUGUCCGAAAUUUUGUAAUCGCUAAACGUAACCUGCCAUGAUUAACAUAUUUACGUUGUCCGACUAAAGAAACUUGUAAAUUUGUCGGGCAAGAUAUCGACAAUCUUUAGUAAUUAAUUUUUAUUCAUACGUUUCAUUGAAAAUUAAGAAUUUUGUAAUAACAAAACUGUACCGCGCUAGAGUGACAUCUUCGGGUGACGAACUUGACGAUCGCGCCGCGCCCUCUUUUUUAUCCGACAAAAAUAAUUUAUUUUAUUCUAACGCAUAAUCUUUUGAUUAAAAUUAAAAAUUAUACAACCGCGCUAGAGCUACAGGUUUAGGCGUGGGGCGUGCUGGAUCGCGUCAAACCUACAUUCUGAAAUUUUUCAGAAAGUGGUAGGCUCUCUCGAACGAAGCAAUUAAAACCAUUUUUAAGACUUUUGUAAUCAUUUUUGAAAAAGGACGUACUGUGGACUACGAGUUCCAUCCUCUUCGAUAGGCAGCGAAUGGGUUAAGAGGCUAACUGAGAACUGUCUGUUCAAAUAUAUGUUUACAGGAAUGUGAGCCAAAUAUUUCCAGUAUUGUAGAAAUAGUAAUAUAUUAUGUUCCUUUUGUUGUAUAUGUUUAAUUUUAAUUAAAUACUAGUAAUAUUAUGUUCCUUUUGUUAGAUAUGUUUAAUAUAAAUAAAUAAAAAUGUUUUGAUUUCA